AUGCUCUUUUUGAUGCAGGUUAUUUCAAGAAAAGAUCAAGAACAGUAUUGGUGUCACAGAGACAAACCAUAUUGUUAUGUAUCCAUUGACUCAUUUAUUGAGAAAUUUGAAAAGUCUGAUCUUGGAUUACAACUACAAGAUGAACUCUCCACGCCAUGUGAAAAGUACUCUCAGACUCCUAUCAAGGAUGCACUGUGCUUUAAAAAAUACUCACUUAGUAACUGGGAGAUGCUCAAAGCUUGUUCAAGAAGAGAGUUUCUUCUGAUGAAACGUAACUCUUUCGUUUACGUAUUCAAAUCUGGACUUCUAAUGUUGAUUGGUUCCAUCACAAUAAGUGUUUAUUUACGAACUGGUUCUACAAGAGAUGCUCGUCACGCUAAUUAUCUUAUGGGUUCUUUAUUCUUUUCUCUCUUUAAACUUCUUGCUGAUGGACUUCCAGAACUCGCUUUGACAAUCUCGAGGAUUGCCGUGUUCUGCAAGCAAAAAGAGCUUUACUUUUAUCCAGCUUGGGCACAUGCAAUCCGUUCUGCUAUUUUAAAGAUACCAAUUUCGUUUCUUGAAUCAUUCCUCUGGACAUCUCUUACAUAUUAUGUCAUUGGUUACAGUCCUGAGAUGGGAAGGUUCAUUCGCCAGUUCUUGAUCUUCUUCGCUUUACACCUUUCAUGUAUAUCAAUGUUCCGUGCUAUAGCUGCCAUCUUUCGAAACUUUGUUCUUGCCACAACCAUGGGAACCAUCUGUGUACUGAUUAUCACAGUAUUUGGAGGGUUCAUUGUUCGAAAACCUUCAAUGCCUGCUUGGCUUGAGUGGGGGUUCUGGCUUUCUCCAUUGUCAUACGCUGAGAUUGGUCUAACCGCAAAUGAAUUUUUCGCUCCAAAAAAAAAAAAAAAAACAUCUGAAAACAUAACUUUGGGAGAACAAGUUCUCGAUGCUCGCGGGUUGAACUUUGGUAGUCAAUCUUACUGGAAUGCAUUUAGCGCUUUAAUUGGGUUCACACUCUUCUUUAAUACUGUUUUUGCACUAGCCUUAACCUUUCUAAAGACUUCGCAGAAGUCUCGCGCUAUAGUUUCUCGUGAGAAGAACACUCAAAGCUCAGAGAAAGAAAAUGUAUCAAGUUCUGAAUCUGCUUCCCAGUAUAAAAAUGCAUUGCCUUUCAAACCCCUAGCUUUCACAUUUCAAGACGUACAAUAUUUUAUUGAGACUCCUCAGGGAAAGAAGCUGCAGCUUCUCUCUGACGUAUCAGGAGCAUUCAAGCCAGGUGUACUCACUGCUCUAAUGGGUGUGAGUGGGGCUGGUAAAACGACCCUUCUUGAUGUUCUCUCGGGUAGGAAAACACGCGGUGACAUUAAAGGAAAGAUAGAAGUAGGCGGUUACCUUAAGGUUCAAGAAACAUUUGCACGAGUUUCAGGUUAUUGUGAACAGUUUGAUAUUCAUUCUCCCAAUUUAACUGUCCAAGAGUCUCUACAAUACUCUGCUUGGCUUCGACUUCCUUCUAACAUCAAUUCAGAAACGAAGAGCGCAAUAGUUAAUGAAGUUCUUGAGACGAUAGAGUUAAAGGAGAUUAAAGAUUCCAUAGUAGGAAUGGCUGGAAUAAGCGGUUUAACAACAGAACAACGCAAAAGACUAACAAUAGCUGUUGAGCUUGUUUCGAAUCCUUCAAUCAUAUUUAUGGAUGAACCAACAACAGGAUUAGAUGCAAGAGCUGCUGCAAUUGUAAUGAGAGCUGUGAAGAACAUCGCUGAGACUGGCAGAACUGUUGUUUGUACAAUUCACCAGCCGAGCAUAGAUAUCUUUGAAGCAUUUGAUGAGCUGAUUCUGAUGAAAAAUGGAGGAAAGAUUAUCUACUAUGGACCUAUUGGACAACAUUCAUGCAAAGUUAACGAAUAUUUCCUGAGCAUUCCUGGAGUUUCGAAAAUGAAAGAGAACUCUAAUCCAGCCACUUGGAUACUAGACCUUAUUUCUAAAUCAUCAGAAGACAAACUUGGUGUUGAUUUGGCACAGAUGUACAAGGAAUCAACUCUGUUUAAGGAGAACAAAAUGGUAAUUGAGCGAAUGAGAUGUACAUCUUUAGAAUCUGACGGUUUGAUCUUGUCUUCACGAUAUGCUCAAACGGGUUGGGAACAAUUCAAAGCAUGCCUGUGGAAACACCAUCUCUCUUAUUGGAGAAACCCUUCUUACAAUCUCACUCGCAUCAUUUUCAUGUUUUUCACUUCUGUUCUCUGUGGCACUCUUUUCUGGCAAAAAGCUAAGGAAAUAAACAAUCAGCAAGAUCUAUUCAACAUAUUUGGCUCAAUGUUCACGGUUGUUCUAUACUCUGGAAUAAACAACUGCUCAACUGUGUUGUUUUGCGUUGCAACGGAACGUAAUGUCUUCUACCGUGAAAGAUUUGCUCGUAUGUACAACUCAUGGGCGUAUUCACUUGCUCAGGUGUUGGUUGAAAUUCCAUACUCAUUGUUCCAAUCUAUUGUAUAUGUGAUAAUCGUGUACCCUAUGGUUGGCUAUCACUUGUCGGUCUUCAAAGUGUUUUGGAGCUUCUACUCAAUCUUCUGCUCCUUGCUCAUCUUCAACUAUUUCGGCAUGCUUUUAGUCGUCGUGACCCCAAAUGUUCACGUUGCUUUUACUCUCCGCUCUUCUUUUUACUCAGUUGUCAAUCUCUUUGCUGGUUAUGUCAUGCCAAAACCAUUUUUGUUGUUGAUGCAAAACAUUCCAAGGUGGUGGAUUUGGAUGUAUUACUUGAGCCCUACGUCAUGGGUUUUGAACGGAUUGCUCACAUCGCAGUAUGGAGAUAUGGAGAAAGAGAUACUAGCUUUUGGAGAGAAGAAGAAGGUUUCAGCUUUCUUGGAAGGUUAUUUUGGUUGUAAAUAUGACUCUUUGGCUCUUGUAGCUGUCGUUCUUAUCGCCUUCCCCAUUCUCUUGGCAUCUCUUUUCGCAUUCUUCAUUGGUAAACUCAAUUUCCAAAACAAGUGA